UGGUUCCGUAACCGGGUGGAUCGUGUCCUAAGUUGGCAGGACUGGAAAGCCGCCAUAUUGGAUGCUUUUCCGAGGACGACGGAGUUCCAUUCACAGUUGCGUGCUGUCUCUGCCCGUAAGAAAAAAAACCGGAAGAGACGUAUAUGGAAUACUUCCGUGACGUGGUCAGCUUGUGUCAGUCCAUAGGGAUUGAUAUUAAACAAACGGUGUCGUGCCUAAUUGGAGGACUGCCCGCACAUCUCCAACCAAAUGCGGACACCGUGGACUGGAAAACCCCGACGGAACCUUACAACAGGUUCCUGUCAAAAUUAGACGCCAGGACCACGGAAGGCAGUUCGACUUCUCACAAAAGGCCGUCGCCGCGCUCCCGUCCACACCCGUCGCCGCGACGCCAUCAACAAAACCGGAGCCAUCCCUUCCAGGGGCCGAGUACGCGUCUAUCGUUCCAUGAACAAGGCCGCCGCAGAGACAAGAGGACGACUGACGAUGUUGAAUCAAGGCGACUAUCCGGGUCGGAUCUCAAACGUUGUUUUAACUGCCAGGAAGUAGGUCACAUAAGUCGCAACUGCCCACGAUCCAGAACCAAUGACGUCUGUCGCCUUUGCAAGGAACGGGGACAUUACGCGGAGAGGUGUCCUAAGAGGAGAGACGUUAAACCGCGAUUCGAUUUACAGCGAAUCAACGUCCUCCAAAUGUCUGUGCCUGGCUAUCGCAAAUGGGGCGUUACACCAGAAGGGAACGGGUUAUCCGUGUACUUGGACACUGGUAGCGAGUGUAACGUAAUCUCGUCAGAAUGCGUGAAGAGAAUCGGACUUCAAACUAAACCUGUACAAGCGACACUGUCCGGUUUCGGGGGCGGCAGGACAGACGCCAACAGGCAGACCCAGCUAGUAGUAACUGUCGACCGAUGCCAGUUGACGGUGGAUGCAGUUAUUGCGUCCAUACAUCUUCCGAACGUAGAUUUGCUGAUCGGUCAACCAGUGCUGAACGAUGGGCAUACCCAUAUGGAGGUGAAAGGCCAGGAAGUAACCUUGUCCUGUUCCACGGACCAGGAGGCGCAGGCAGAAAUGGACGUCCAACUGGAGCGGGAACUUCACCUUGGACCAGGUGCCACCCGGAUGGCAUUGGUUCGCUUGCUUGGACGCCAUCAAGGAGAGACCACGAUUCCUGCCAGGAUCUUGGAUGAUCACCGACAACCACUGGCCAUGUCCAACGUUAGAUUCCACUCGGACAGCGACCAGGCAACGGUGCGUUUGACUAACCUGUCACAGAGUGAGGUCACCAUCUGCGAAGGAACCAGUCUGACCGAGGUACACCGGAGAAAGGCGCCCGAAAACAACGAAGUCGAGGAUGGCCGAAUGUUACGAAAACUUGACGGAUCGGCGGUCCGUUACUAAUUUGCGCCAUCUCGACGUCGGAGGGGUUGAUCAGGGAGACCGCACAGAAUCCGUGAGGGAGCCGGAGGGUAGAACGGACAGUACCGUACGCGUAAUCCGAGAGAGGGCGGAAGUACCACCCACACAAGAGGGCGCGUUG